AUGUCCCCUACCGCUACCAGCAAUGCUCAAGUCACGGCUCGCCAGCUAUGGGGUCAAAUUUCCACGGCCUCUGCAACAGAACAGGCCGCAUUGUGCACACCUCUAAUUCUACCCAGUGGAGGCAUGCUCGUGUUUGGAGAUAACGACACAUCGACACUGUCCGCCCGCAUCACUUUCAAACUGCCCUGCGCGAAUCCCGAGUCGAUUAUCAGCCCCGAUACUACCGGCAACUCGUCCGUUAUUGGCUUCCAGGAUCCAUUUUAUGCCUCCAUAUCGCCCCAAAUAUUUGCGCUGGCCGCGGCUACAGUUAUCAGUUAUAUUCUUGUCAUUCUCAUUUUCAUCACCCCGAGAACUUUUGUCAUUGGAGGGCCUGGCGGAGGAGCUGGUUUCUUAGGACGACGUGGAAUGAUCCCAGGCUCUUCCAACAUCAUUGGGGUGGGACGGCGACCAUUACUCCAGAAGAUCGCCACUGUCACAGUAGCCAUUUCCCUCACCAUCGCUACCGCCGACACAUUCAGUGUCGCGAAGGAUCAAUACAAUCAAGGAUAUAUGGACUCCAGUCUUCUGGUCGACGGUGUUGUUGGAAGCCUUGAGAUCCGCAUUAUCAGAGUUAUUUCGGACACAUUCCUAUGGCUGGCCCAAGUCCAAACGCUUAUACGACUGUUUCCACGACAUAAGGAGAAGGUUACGAUCAAAUGGCUGGGUUUCGCCAUGGUUUCAUCGGACACCAUCUUCAGUAUUCUCGAUUCAUUCGUGAGCCGCAAUCCACGCACAAGACCGAGAAGUUUCCAAGACGUCAUCCCUGCGCUGAAUUAUCUCUUCGAAUUAGCAAUAUCUAUCAUCUACGCCUCUUGUGUGGUGUAUUACUGUCUAUCCAAACGCCGCUUUGCUUUUUGGCAUCCCAAGAUGAAGAACAUUUGUUUGGUCGCUAUCAUUUCCCUUACUUCUGUUGCUAUUCCCGCGGUUUUCUUCGUUUUAGAUAUCUCUCAACCAGACCUGGCUGGAUGGGGUGAAUAUAUACGCUGGGUGGGUGCGGCUGCCGCCAGCGUGGUGGUUUGGGAGUGGGUGGAAAGGAUUGAAUCCUUAGAGAGAGACCAGCGGAAGGACGGUAUACUAGGACGAGAACUCUUUGAUGGAGAUGAGAUGUUGAACAUGACGCCAUCAGAAGACGCCAGUUGGCGUGGGCGUGACCCAAAGUCGGGAUUAGAUGGCGGUUUCCGGAAGAGUGUCACUGUGCCGGUCACUCUCCAAGUUCGAAGACUGCACGCACGCCUCCCGCUACGAAAGCGACGCAGAGCUGGCCCAUCGGACGGAAUUGUACCAGGCACCGACGCUGCCAGUGCGGCUGGUCCAAGAAUUCCUCCCAAUGCCCAGCUGGUGGUUCCCACCGAACAGAUUGUCACUCCCAACAGAAGUGAUACUGGUAGUGCAACCAGCACGGUCUAUGCUAUUCGAUAUCAUCAUCUCACUAGUCCCUCGCCCAAUCUGCAGCAAGACUUGCCCCCACAGCAGCCAGUGCCACACCAAGACACCAUGGUCGACGCUCCAAAGACAGUUUCCGAUCCGUCAGGCUCCGAGUUGUCUCCUUCCAGCACCGAUAAGGAGAUAGGUGUAGAACAACAUAGGAACAGGGCUGCCGGAGACUCGGACUCGCGGUAUGUAGGACGCCAAAUCUGGUCAGGUGUACCUAAUCCGUUCAAGCGGCGACGAGCAGAGCCACCGGCGGAGGUCGCUGAUGCCCAAAUCGCUAGUGGUGUUCGCCGUUCACCGAUCGAUAGUCGAUUGAAUAUGCGAGGUCGUCUAGGCGCAUUUGCUGCUGCUCAAAGAGAUCGCUUCACAAAUCGAGGUGGUAUCCCAGCUGCUCCUCUACCUGUUACUGUCAUUCCUGCACCGAAGACGAAUGAUCGAACCUGGUCUCCGGACGAUCUCCGAGACGUCCGAUCGUCCAACGAGUCUGCGGCAGGGGCCGAUUUUAGUUCCGAGGAGCAGCAACACUCUGGCCAGGCACAUCAUGAACCACCCGCUAGUGGCGUAGUGAUUAUCCCAGCACCAACACACGGCCGGACUUGGUCCCCAGAUGCCUUGAACAACCAGACGACAAGGCAAACUGCUCCAAGUGGGCUGGGCUCAAGUGUACAAAGGCCUCUAUCUGUGGUAACCCGGAACUCGUUUGGCUCCUCCAGUGGUGCAAAUAUGCCACCAAAUGUCUACACGUCGAGGGGCUCACUGACAAUAUCAGAAAGUGAAUCUAGAGCAGUCUCUUCUCCUCGGAGAUCAACAUACAGCCGGCCACCAAAAAGCACCGUGAUUGAAGAACCUUCUGAUACAGCUGUUGAAGGCUUGGACCAUGCACAGGAAAGAGGAGAAACUGACAUGACGACGCCUCUGGUUGACUCUGAGGCGACGGCACCUUCCCGGGAAGACUUGCAAACAUUCCAAGGGGAAAAUCUGCGCCAAACCUCUCCACAAGAUGACGGAGGCCAAACUAACGCAAGGGAUGCUGAUGCACGGAACACCGGUGGCGGCACGACUUGA